AUGGUCACGUGUCUGUCAGGUGUUACUAACUGUCAUGGACAACUGAUUGCUAACUUUCGCUAUUGGAUGUUACAAAUGGCUAUGAUGGAUAAAAUAUUGGAAGUCUGUCCGAACAUGCAAUAUGGUGGUCUAAAGAACAUUGUACGAAAUACAAGUAUGUUUCAGUAUACUAUCUGGGCCGUAAUAAAGACGUUACACUGAUCCAGAGAUCGAUACGGAAAUAAAAGAGAAAACAUUUUAGUUAUCUUUCUAAGACUUAAAUUUUAAGAUUAAAUAAAUAAUAUCUUAUUAUUUUUCAUGUUUUCAUUUGCGUCGAUCUCUCAGUUCUUCACAGUGAGGAUCAGUUUGCGGUUUUUACUUAGGGACGGACCAUUAGAAAACUUAUGGGAUGGGUGAUGGGGGGGGGGGGAUGCAGGCAAAGUACAAAAAAAAAAUUCGCCCAAGGGAAAAUUAAAUGAAAAAAAUUCUUGCACGCCAAUUAAUCCUAAAAAAUAUUCAUGCUAUGACCUAAAAAAAAUUCAUGCAACGAAUUUGAUAAGGAAAACAAAUUCCUGCUGCUCGAAAAUUCCCCUCCCCCCAUAACUUUUCUAAUGGUCCGUCCCUUAGAGUAAUCCAGGUUUAUUAACUAUCCGGCACUAUACCCACCUAUUUUUUGAUCUGGUUUUCCUUUAUCAGACUUUUUAUGUCUUACAGCAGGGGCUUCUGUUUACAGCUUGAAAAUGCCUUAUAAAUAUUUGCUUAUUUCCAUAGUUUGAACUAGUUACAACUAAAACUAGCUUAUAUCUUUGUCCUGAUUAGUUGAGAUUUCCUGACAAGAAUUGACUAAAGGACCCAAACCAUUCUCGACAAAUUAAAUUUCUGUCGUUUUUACUGUUAAUAUCUAUCAAGUUUCAUCCACUCAAACGGUGCCAAAAGCAUUUUAUAAGUAGAUUAUGUGAAAAUCGAGUUGCGAACUAGUAAAACAAGCGCAUUAUUUUAGAUAUCUUGAGGAGAACCUGUCUAACAUGAUAUCAAACGUAUAAUUGUAAAUUCUAUUUUUGGUAUCUCUUUCAUCAAUUGAUUUAUUCCCUUUCAUAUUUUUUCUACAGAGGUAGCUGAAGCUCAUCGCUACAUAGAUGACGUCGGUAAGAGAAUGUUCUAGCUUUCAGUAUUCGUUCAUCGAAGAUAUAAUCAUAGACAUAUUUAUCACAGACCUUUAACUUAAAACUUUCCAUGGGAAGCCGCAAACUUAAAACUGCAGUUUGCGUUUGCAGUCUGAGGUUAUGGCUUAAAAUUAUGUGAAGAAUGCGAGUUCGAGUUUGGUUCGACUUAAAAAACCUAACUAGCACAAAACAAGCUUGUAUAAAAUUCUAUUUCUUGCCUUGUCGCAGUUCAAUUUUGUGUACAAUUUAUUAACAGCAACGCAAUUGAAACAAGGUGAAAAGUUUCGACAGUAUUUCAUUUCUAUUUUAAUGUAAGGUUUUCCACCUUCGUUUUCUAUUUUAAAUAAUGUCUAUAGUCUUUGUUCAUUUGCAUUUUGAUAAUGGUGACAUGUCGUCUCCGAAAACUCAUGUUUUAGUAGCUUGCUCUUUAUCCUUAAAUGUUUUACAUUUUUUCGUUUUUAUUAUCACUAUCAUAUUAUUAUUAUUGUUAUUAUUAUUACAUUAUGGAAUCUCAGGUUUAAAAGGUUUACAUUGCCUGGUAAAUAAGGGACCUUUCAUUUUUUAUGGGGUAGGGGGGGCUGGUGGGAUUUGGAGGAGUAAUUUGAAAGUUGUAUGACCUCCCCCCCAAUUUCCGAUUUUUUUCGCAUGCCCCCCCCCCUCAUCAGAGUAAUUUUUUUGGAAGGCCCCCCGCCCCCCAUGAAUAAAAAAUACAUAAGGUAUUAAAAAAAUUACUGCAUUAAAAUUUCGUUUUGUUACAUUUCACGUAAUUUAGUGAAAGAAAGCUGAAAGCUAGAAAGCUGUCUUUAACAAAUCCUCACUCAAAAGAAUGAAAAGUCAAUUUCAGCUCUUCUUGUUACUGCUCGUCCUGAGCGUGUUGUAGCUGGCCGCUUGUCUACAUAUUCCUCGUCUGAGGCGAUAAAAGCAAGAACGACAUCAUUUGAGUCGUCUUCAGAGUCAGGGGCAUCACUCUUGUAAUCAUCAUCAGUUUCUUCUCCCUCAUUGCUUUCACCACUGCUCUCUAGUUGACCUGAUUCAUUGUUGCCUCUCACUUCGGCUUGACCUGUUCUGAGAGUAUUCAUCUGCGCUUCCCAAUUGUCUUCUUUAUCCUCCCUCCAUGACAAUUCCGGAAGCGUGCAUAAACGUUGAAGAUGUAGCAGCAUUGUUGCUAACACGGGAUGCAGCAUUCAUCGCUCACCUACUGCAAUCAAGCUACUUCAGCAACGCAGCACAAAGCAGGCUUAUUACCAACCUUAAGCCAGAAGUAAGAAACAGGAUGUAUUGCUUCCUGCAUCCUGAAGAUUAUAGCUCAAACGUCGGAGACACGAACAAAGAGGAAGAAGAAAACGACGAAGAAGAGGAAGAAGAGGAAGACAACGAAGAAGAACAGGAGGAAGAAGAAGAGGAACACAGCGACGACGAGAUCGAAGAGAACGUCGAAAAUGAGGAAGGGGACACCUCGUAGUAGUUUCAUGCCCCUCCCAUUAAAUUUCUCAGAGAAAAGCUCUGGUAACGAGGUCAGUUCCAAUUCAGGACUCAAAUCAUUGGUUUUAAUUAUAUGACCUUGACAACAACAUUUUUAUGAAUGAAAAGAAAGUUGUUGCUAUUCAAGACUGUUAUUAUGGUAUGUUCACUGUCCUUAUAAAAUAUAAAAGCUGUUGAGAAGUUUUCUUGUUACCCUGGAACCGUUUUAGCAUAUUUGUUAUAAAUAAAAGAGCACAAUUUUUCUUCCAUUUGUAAACAUCUCUUAUCCUAUUUUUAAUCUAAUUUUUUCGUCCGACCCCCCCCCUUUCCUUCAUUUUUUUCGGCUGGCCCCCCCCUUUCAAGCACAUUUUUUCGAGUGCCCCCCCCAAAUCCCACCAGCCACCCCCUCUCUCAUAAAAAAUGAAUGGUCCCUAACCCUUGGGAGCAAGCAACAACAAGUUCCUAAACGGCCCACAGGAGUCGUUACAUUUGAGUCCCUAAAUAGCCAAAACGUUCCGUAAUAGUCCAGCUGUUCCCAACAGAGCAGCUUUCUGGAUCACUGCAAGUCUGAUGGUAACGUUAAGCUUCUCCGCGUAUUUGUCAAACAAAUCGGAUAUAGCUAUUAAUGCCCCAAUCGCAACUGGCGCAACCGUCGCUUUCUUCAGCUUCCACAACUUUCUUAUUUCUUCUCGAAGAAAUUGGUACUUCUCUAUUUUCGCCAGUUCCUUGUCUUUUACCCGUGCAUCUCAAGGGAAAGCGAUGUCUAGGAUCUCAGCCUCCUUUAUUAUUAUUAUUAUUGUUAUUAUUAUUACUAUUAUUUAAAACUCUGGACUUCCUGCAAGAGGUAUUGACCGUAUCUGAGCCGCAAGGAAUGUAUCUGGGAAAUCGUUAUUGACACAGUGAUGGUAUUUUUAUGAUUUACAUAAUUCUUAAUGUUAUAUAGUGCUUAAUUCUUACUUGAAAUAUUUCGUAAAUUAUGAACAUAUUUUUGAAGUUGAAUAAAAUUAUUAUUAAUUAUGAUUUAUUAUUAUAAUUUAUGUUUUUAUUAUUAUAUUAUUGUUAUUAUUAUCAUCAUCAUUAUUAUUAAUAUUUGAUGUAAACUCUCCAGUUCAUGAGGCCUACAAAUAAUUCACAAACUCAUUGAUGAAAUAAUUCUUAAAGACAAAAACAAAAGAAAUUAAUGUUUAAUGAGUGUCUUUAUAUCUGAUAAAUACACGGCUAAACUUAACGUCCAGUUUUUUAGACCAAAAUAACCCCAAAUCAAAAUAUUGGUGCAAGAAUGAGUUGAUCUAUAUCAAAGAUUUUGAAGCCGUUCAAAAAACUAAGGGUCUUGUAUUAUAAGCUUUAAAAACUCGAGGCGCAUUUUGCUCGUUUUUUAAACAGUACAUAAGCCCACCUCCGAAGUAUUUUACUAAAACCUGGUAUGCUCUCUUUGACAGAGAAAGAUCAUUUUGAAGAGUGCGCCGUGACAGUUCAUCAAGAGUGUGUCCAAUACUACGUCAACGUAAUAAUGACGGAUCACCAGAUCUGCCAAGACGCUGAAGAACUCAACAAAUGUUAUGAUUUAACCAGCAAGAAGCUAAAUUGUGAAGCCAAGAUAAUCAAGCAUUAUUCCCGCAUGGUGGAAGAUGUAGCUCAUAAAGUGAUCAGUUUAUUAAGUAGUCAUAUGAAAUACCUGUGCAGUUAA